CACUGAUGAUAAACGGGUCUGCCUUAUCACAGAAACCUGCUAGAACUGCCAAGAAAGUUUAAUAUUUAUCUGUUUAUGCUCAACAAGGUUAAUAUUUCUGUACUAAAUUGGCUUCCUAAAGUUGUUUGUAUUGCCUGUUUGGUGGUGAGUUGUAAUCUAUGAUGAGGUCAUGAGGAGGCAACUGCUGCUGAAAUAAAAAGUCAAUUAUGGCUAUGCGAGAAGUCAAACUCUGCUUGCUGGGGGAUUCUGGAGUAGGAAAGUCCAGCAUUGUGCAGCGUUUUGUUUGUGAUUCAUACCAAGACUCUAUUCCUCCAACUAUAGGUGCAUCAUUCAUGUCCAAAACAAUAUCCGUGGGAGAAAAAUCAUUCAAAUUCCAAAUCUGGGAUACUGCGGGUCAAGAAAAGUAUCGUGGUCUCGCCCCGAUGUAUUAUCGAGGAGCAGCAGCUGCCGUUAUCGUGUAUGACAUCACGAGUCAGAUCUCUUUUGUAAAGGUCAGGGAUUGGAUACGAGAACUCCAGCAGCACGGCCCAGAGAACAUAGUUAUAGCCAUCGCAGGGAACAAGUUUGACAUGGCUGACCUUAGAGAAGUGGAGACAAGAACAGCCAUGGACUAUGCACAAGAUAUCGGAGCUGUGUUCACAGAAACAAGCGCCAAAACAGCUGAAAAUAUUAAAGAUUUGUUCCUCAAAAUAAGUGAGCGGUUACCUGCAGAGUCUGUCUUGCCGUACAACUCUACAGACACAGUUCAGCUUAGGAGACAAAGGACACAGCCAAAGAAGAGGAGUUGCUGUUUAUAUUAACACCGAAUACACCGCACCUGUAAUGUCAGCAUCUAUAUUCUCAAAAUGUGUGCGUACCGAACUUUACUGCCACUCAAAUGUAUCUUUUUAACAUGAGGUCGGAACUGAAUGUUAAAGUUUGAGGGAUCCCGCUGUCAUCAGGUAAUAUAAAGCUUGACAAUCACACGUCUCAUGUGAGAGACUUUUGAUGUUAACUAUUUCAUCCUGGGUCCAACUUCAUAGAGACAAUUUGGCUGACCAAGUUUGUGCUAAGCAAGAAUAGGCAGUAAACCAGUCAAAGUUGGUGCAUGUGACGUGUUUUUUGGGCUGGUAACCUGGUAAGCAUGAUUUUGUUGUGCUGAUACCCCCAUCGAACUGAACUUUUUCUCACUAUGUUUUGAAGAAUGUGGUCUUGUUGUUAUUCACAUUUAACUCAACUAUCGCGAUCCCCACUCGCGGCGCAUAUUACUAUUGUCUUGAACCGAGACUACAUUUUUCAGAAUGUAGUGAGAACGAGUUCGGUGUGAUGGGGGUAGUAGCUAGUUUUUGUGCUUAGGCAGCUCUAUGAAGUUUGGCCCUUAGGUAGUUCAUCCUAUAGGUCAUUGAAAGAAUCAACGGUCCCUUCAAAGUUUGAACUGCCUACAAUAAAUGAUGGAUCAAAGAUAAAAAGUGAUUUAAAAUUAUGCAAUUAGAACAGACCUCGAAGUAUCCAUAAAAAUGACGUUUUAGGAGAAAUUGUCUGUUUCUACAGAUAUUUUUUUGAAAAUAAUAUAAUAAUAAUGAGGACAUUUAUAAUGCGCAAAAACAUACCCACCCAAGGUAUUCUCAAGGCGCUAACAAGAAGAAAAGUAUAAGUUUUUUACUGCAUUGUAGACAUAAUGGCGAUUGUUCUUGUACAUAUACUUUGCAUGCUCUCAAAUCAAAAUUAAGAACAGUAUUAUCAUGGAGGAAGGAAGAGAAGGAGUUCGAACGAAGGGACUUCAAAAGUCAAACCUCGUAAUCACCCACAAACCUUACACAAACAAUGGGCGACCUGGCGUGUGUGAGUUUGCGUGUGCGCACUUGGUUUUCACCAAACUAUGGGGUCGUAUGUUGUAUGGAUAUAAUAAAGUAAAACUACUUUUUUUUAAACGCGAUAACAUUUUUGGACGCUAUCGGACACCUAAACGAUGAACACAAUUGAAUACCAACCACCCUUGGUGCUUAUACCCAAAUUCUGACCCACCGCUAGUGACCGGAAAGUUGCAAAAAAUGUAAAAAUAUGCUAUGAUAUUUCCAUGAAAACACCACAAAC